UCAGACCGUUAGGAGCGUCUCCAUCUCCGUUAUAAGAGACGUUGUGAUGUUAAAAUUUGAUUUUAACAAGAAAUCGCCAGCGAUGGAGCUUCUUCUUCUUCUGUGUCUCUGCCUCCUGACUCGCUCUGGAGUCACGUCUGCUCAACUAAACAGACCAACAGUCAUUUCGGUGGAAGGAGGGGCUGAUGUAAUGUUACCCUGCUCUCCCAGCACCAAGGAGGACAUUGAGUAUAAACUGUUUGUCUGGAGGAAAGUUGCUCAGAAAGAUGAUGGUCUGAAGGAGGUGUUUGACUACAACGCAGGCAGUCAUUACAACAACGGUCUAGAUGGUCAGAGUGAAGCGUUCAAAGGUCGAGUCUCUCAUUUUCCAGAAGAACUGGAACACGGCAACGCCUCCAUAAUCAUCAGAAAUACAAAGAUAUCUGACAGUGGAGAAUACACCUGUGAUUUUCCACAACUUAAGCCACCUCAAACAUUCUACAUUGAGCUUGUUGUUGAUCCAUUAAAAGACCGAUCAGCCAUCCGAGGUGCAGCUCAAGAACCAUACAUCACAACACUUAAGGCAACAAAGGACUGGGAGCUCCUGCAGUGUAAAGUUAAUGGCAAUCCAGAACCUGAAGUAAAGUGGCAGGACAGUGCUGGAAACCAACUACCUGCUGAGGAGCCCCAGGUCGAAAAAAGAGGCUUUUUCUACAUCACUCUCAAUGUGACCAAGAGCGACCGCUAUCGCUGUGUAGCCACACAGACGACUAUCCACCGUAACAUUUCUGCUGAGACUGAUGUACAUAUUUAUGCGCACAGCUCUGGACCACAGACAUAUCCUUCAGAUCAAAACUUGAGGAAAGUGAUGAUUGGAGUUGCUGUUGGAGUUCUCGCAGAAUUUCUGUUUUCGUAGGGGUUUGUCUAGCUCCGCCUGGAAAUGGCUCUAACUACGGUUCAUUGUGAGAUAUAAGUGACCCGGCAGAGAAGGAGCCAGAGCCCCAAUCAAUACCAACUUUAAAGUUCUCUGCAGAUGUGUGUGGUAUUGUACUUCUUUUCUAGCGAGGACCACUUUGAAUUUUAGAACAAAAGAGUGAGGACAUUUUUGAGAUUGAGGACAUGUUCUCUUCAACUUCUUAAAAGGUCAGUUUGAGAGUUAAAGGUGCUAGAUGAUAGAAUGCAAAACCGAUUUUACCCUGUCAUAGUUGAAUAACGACAGUUUGGAGGGUAAAUAGGACAGACAUAGAACCUCCAAAUUACAUUGACACCUCUUUCCUCUGCUUAUACUCUAGUUAUGCCGGCAACUGGCAGUAAGUAACCGAGAAACAGUGACUUUCACUUUGUAUGGAGGUUGCUGCUUUCUCGUCAGACUGUGUGGAGCUCCUUAAGUCCGACACGUCUUACCAAAUUUGCAAUUAGCCAUCGUAAAA